CCGUAUACAGUAUAUUUACUUUUAUUAUAUUUAAUAAUAAGCUGUGUCGGAUACAAGGCCAACACCAUGGAAAAAGUCAAGAAGUCUGAGCAGAAAAGAAAAGUGUCAGAAAGAAAAGGAAAAACGAUUGUGCACGCGAAAAAUUGUGAAUUUAAUUUCGGAGGCGAUAAAAUGAUUGCAGGAAACAUUUCUAAAGAUCGUAGCAAAAUAAAUUCAAGGCAAAAGAAUGGUACUAGUUAUGUCGGCGAUCGGGCAACAACUUCAAAACUGCUAUAUGGUGAUGACGUCACAACGGAGGAAAGUGACACUACGCAAGACGAGGAAACGCAAAGUGAAGACGAAGAGUCUUCAUCGGACGAAGAGCAAGAAACAAUCAAAUUGUCAGCUUUGAAAAGAAAAUCACUCAAAGAGGAAAGUGCUAGCAGCAGGAAAAAAACUAAAUUUGAAAAGACUAGAAAAAAUGCUGAAGAAAAAACACCUUCAAUGUCGAGUUUGACCCGAAAACAAAAUUCUACUGUAAAAGAGAGUGAAAGUGAAAAUGAACAAAAUGAGGAAACGCAAAACGAAGAUGAAGAUUCUCCGGAAACCGAAAUGAAUAAAGAACCAGAUAAAAAUGAUUCACGAUUGUGCGAUGGCCGAGUUUCUGGCUCCAGCCUGAAAACACUGCCGACGGAGAACACAAAACAAGAAUGCAGUACUAGCAUAUAUGACGACGUGCUGCGGAACAAAAUAGCAGAAAAGGUGGAAAUCUACAUACGGGCUAAAAAAUUUGCAGACGCUUUUAAAGAAAUAAAAAAGCUGUCUACGCUUGAUGAUUUCCGACUGAAAUUGUUAUUGGCGGAAUGUACGCUAAGAAACGGAAUGGUAGAGCCAACUAGAGAAGCAAUAUCCGACCUCGCUAGUUAUAUAUCAGAAUCUACGACUACUGCAGAUGAACUCCUCGAUUGGAGCACUAUGUACGUAAAAGGGAAAAAGCGUAUUGAUAGUGCCAAGGGAAUGGUGCUCCUUGCAUGUGCUGCUUCGUUAUUUGUUAAUAGCAAUGACGACCCCAAUAACUCUGUACGUCAAGUAGGAAUGUGUAUAUAUCACUUCAGUAACGCCAUCAGAAAAAUUCCCAAAACUCAACAAAAAAGCGAUAGAGAUCGUUUACCAUUAGAAAAAAAAUUCAAUGCUUGGUCUGACUCAUUGCAAACAUUUGAGCCAAUAUUGAAAGAAAUGUUUCGACAAAUGAUGAAAAUUGAAGGGGUAAGCUCCGACAAAAAGAAUUCCUCGGCGGCGUGGGCACAAAAUUGGAUGGCUGCCGCUUAUUUGUACAUUGGCCAAGGUUAUCUUUCAAGCGCGAUCGAAUGUUGCAAUACGGGCAUUGGAUAUAUCAAAGAAAUUAAUCACCAAGGCUAUGACGCUCAGAAAACCGAAAUUGACCUUUACAGUAACUUGGGACAAGCGUUGGCAAUCAUGGGAAAGAAACAGAAAGGGAUAGAGUAUAUUAACAAGGCACUUAAAAUGGCAAAAGAUGUCAAACUGAAAUGUCCAGCAACAAAAAAGAAAGAUUUGGACAAGAGCAUCGACUUUAUGGAAAAUAGAUUGGAGUACGUUUUUACGUUUUUCACCAGUGGUUCUCAAGAUUUUCAAGUCGCACCCACUUUUUAG